AAACUAUCCCUAAUAAAGUAAGCUAAAAGGGAUGGAUAGGAAGUAAGUAACCCCUAAAAUAGUACGAGUACAACAAUAGUUAAAAAGGAAAUAAUGAGAAAGAUCAAAUAAGAGGUUCUCCUAUCCUCUUCGGAAUCAGAUCAAAUACUAGGCUCUCAUCCUCUCCCAUUUCUGUAAUUUCUCUAAUCUCUUUCAAUUCUUUUUACUUCCCAUAUUUAUUUUCCCCAGUUCAAGUUGGUAACUUUUCCAGUUCUUCUCUCUCUCUGUAUGGGAAGGAAUCUAGGGUUGCGCCGUUCUUGAUUUUUUACACAAAAAAAAAAACUCGUCCUUUUUGGUGUGAAAGUGGAGUAUAUUGAUAUUUUUGUGUCAAUCUGUGUGUAUAAUAUCUGGGAAAUUAACACCGCGUUUGGUUGAGACGUACAGAAAACGUUAUAAUGGUGAGGAAGAGAAUCGAGAUCAAGAAGAUCGAGAGCUUGACGGCGAGGCAAGUGACGUAUGCCAAACGGAGAAGAGGGCUUCUCAAAAAAGCAGAAGAGCUUGCCACCCUCUGCGAUGCUGAGCUUGGGCUUAUCGUCUUCUCCGCCACCGGAAAACUCUCCGAGUAUUCCAGCUCCAGGACUUUCCUGUGUACGAAGAAAUUCGUUCCGCGGACACUUGGCUGAGUGAAAAUGGUGGCUUCGAUUUUUUGUUGGUAGAGCAGAGGAUCAUGUCUAUAGCCGGCGGCUUUAACUAGUCACAGGUUGUGUUUGAAAGUUCUUUCUCUUUGAAGAUCAAGAGGUUCAAGAUGUUUAGAACCUUGACUUCUCAAAUGCAUUCAUACACAAAGGUAUGCAACAAGUUCUUGCGAGGCAAAAUAUGCAGUCAAAUAAGAUGGAGAAUCUCGAUAAUCAUCAUGAUCAUGCACCUAUCGAGCUUGAGGAUAAUCGAACCCAUGCAAAGCUAAUGAAAGACUGCAUGGACAAGGAUCGCCAGCUGAGGCAACUGAUGGGAGAAGAUAUUCAAGAGCUUGACAUGGAUGAUUUGAUUACACUGGAGAAACAGAUGGAGAGAGGAUUGAGCCGUGUUCUGAAGAUGAAGGGGCGGACUUACGCUAUAACCAGGGUAUGCAUAGGCUACACCUCAAAAUGUGCGGCACGCCUAUGUGGUAGUAAUAUUAAAAUAAAACUCUUGCUAGGCUACAAGUCAAAGGGUCAAAACGCUCUAGUGCUACACGAGACAUUACACUUGAACGAGAUAACUGCUCUCAAGAAUCAGGGUGCUUUUCUGAAGGAAGAGAAUGAACAAAUGAAACACUUCGUCCAUCAGCAGAUGGGCAGGGGGGAGAAACCUCCAUCCGAUCAACUGGUUCCUGGGCAGUCGGACAAUUCGAUCUCAGAAGCGUGCAGCCCAACUAUUAGUCAAUCUUGCCAUGGCCACUCUGAUACUUCCCUCAAAUUAGGCUUGCCUUUUCCAACUGAAGUUACAAGGAAGUGGGGGCUUACGCCAAUGAUAUGAUUUUUAAUUGGCAUGGGAUGACACAUUAUCCCAAAUAAUUUGUAUAUGAUUUCCUGAUUUCAUCUAAUAAUUUGAUAGAAGGAAAGGAUUUAAUAAUGUUAUUUGUGAAAAAAUGUAAUUACUGGAGGUGAAAUUAAUCUAUGCAACUGGAGUAGAGAAUGUCCUUUGUAUCAAUCUAUAAUAUAAGUAUGUAAAAAAUGUCUGUUGUGUAUUGAAUUUUAAAAAAAAAAUGUUUUUCG